UUCUCGCGACGUCGUCCGGGACGAAUCGAUGCGCUACGGAGGACUCGACCUGUAAUACAGGUGCAAAUUCUACCUCAUUAGUAAAGACUGCAUCAGGGAGGGACUCAUGCCUGCAGCUAGAUCUUAUUGAUUUAAAGAACGUCGAUCGAUUUUUCCCCGGAUAUAUGAAGGCAAUACAACCUGUCUCUUUAAAUAUGGAGACCAUAUUCGCUAAAAUGAAGAAGAAACGUGUCGAGAAGUUUCGCGGUCCAGACUCGCCUCUUUACAAGGUCAUCUGGCCAAUGAUCUACGUCGUGCGAAUAUUCGGUUUCGCCCCUUACAACUUCGCGCAAGAUCGCCUGGUGCCGUCGAAUAUCAACCUGAUCUUCACGGUGAUCGCCGCUACUUUUUACAGCUACGUAUUGUACGCGGUGUUUGCCAGGUUUCUAAGUGUCAAGAGGGAAACUUGGACUCUUGGAGGAACAGAGAACACGAAGGUGAUCAUCAACUACACCGUGGUGAUGUACGAGCUGGGCUUAGCGGCAUUCACGAGACGCAGCUUUGUCAGGAUUUGGAACGCGCUGCAGGAUUACGACGAGAGUGUCAGGCAAUUGGGCUAUCCUCGCAAAGAAAUGCGGACCGCGAUUGUUGCGUGGAUUCUCAUAAUUGUGUCCACGAUCAUUUGGAUCAUGAUUAAUCGCAUCGGAAUGUACGCCUUCAUGGAGAAAUGGUCCUCCAAUAUGGGAUAUAUGAUGCCCUACAUCGGUACAUCAGUGUCUGUCUACAAAUUCGCGGCGAUGGCUAUUUUUCUAGGCCAGCGAUUUCGUCACCUUAACGCGAUUGCAUUAAAAAAUCUACCGUCGACGGAGAACAAUGGAACAGUCAUUAGCAAGAAGACGAUCCUGAGUCUACAUAACGAUUUGAUGAUCGCCGGGGAGGACUUGGAGUCGUUGUACUCAUUGUCCCUCCUCUUCUGGCUCGGCCAUCUAAGCCUGCACACCGUUAGCAACAUAUACUUUGUAAUCACGUGGAUGCUCGUGAAGCAGUGGGACGUUGAGUCGUGGCCGCUAGUCUCCUGCUUCUGCAACUGGCUACUGGCGUAUCUCUUCCAACUGUUACUACUUCAUAUCGCCUGUGACUUCGCCUCAUCUCAAGCUAAUUGCAUAGGUCCAAUUCUAAUCGAGUGGCAAGUAAGACUGAUGAAAAAAAAUAAAGAGGGCAUGGAAUUGUCAUUGCAGUUUCUAAACCGAAAACUUAAGUUCUCCGCUGGCGGAUGCUUUUACGUGAAUCUCCCGUUGUUACGUUCGAUCGCCUCGCUGAUGACCACGUAUCUGGUUAUACUACUGCAACUUCAAUGAGACUGCGCUGGAACGCAAUAAAAGUGAAGGAAAUCGCGAG